AUGACAAAGCUGGUUGGUUCUACUAAUCUCAUUGAAAACGCUCUCGAUAACGCGCUAGGUGCUCAUACCGUGGUUUUUGACCAAGAUCAUUAUUCAUCUGUGUACUCGGCCUACAUUAUGUUGAACAAAGUAGAGUUAGCUUCAAAGAAGCUUAUUGGACAUUUUGUCACCACCCUGAAUAAGUCUGCACGCAAAAUUAUUGAGGAAAAAUGUGGAGGCUACCAUGACAAUAGGAAUCUUUCUGACUUCAGCUUUGAGCAGUUGUGCGAGUGUAUCAGUAGAGAGCAUAUCGUCCCUACUGUUAGAGAGCUUGGCUACGUAAUGUGCAAGAUUUUAUGUAUUUACCAUUCUAUCUUACGGUUUCACACAGAAGAUGACGAACAGAGACGAAUGAGCAAUAACGGCGAAGCAACGUCGGGGGUUGUUGCACAUCUCAUGACGUCAUCUAUGCAUACAGUCUUUCGGGUAGCUCUAUCAAAGAUGAACUCGUUAUUGUGCUGUCAGGACUUUUCAACUCUGAAAUUUGACCAACUUCUUGACAUCGUAGACAUGACGAACAGGUUUCGUCUGUUUGGUCGCACUCAUUUCGGUUAUCCCUCAAAUGAGCUUAUGGCUUCGUUAGAGAAACAAGCAGGUUCCUACUUUACUCGUUAUCAUGCAGAAAGGAUGGAGGAAUUACGCAUGUUUCUUGAGAAUGAGUGCUUCACAAUAUGUCCUGUCUCGCCUCAG